AUGGCACCACGAACAUUCAAAAAAGCUGUCAUCGCCGUAAGCGGGACGUUCCCGGGUUACAAGCAAGCCGAUCUGAAGGCUAUCGUCGAGGGACAAGGCGCUACAUUCACCUCUACAGUUUCAGAGGGCUGCACGCAUCUCGUCACGACGCAGAAGGAAGUCGAGAAGGGGACGGUGAAAUACAAGCAAGCAUGUAAUCUUCCCGGGUGUGAUGUCGUUUCUUUGGAAUGGCUGUUGGACUCGCAGAAGGCCGGGAAACCACUUGCUUCUAAGACGUAUCUUCUGACGUCCGGAGCUGUGUCUGGGGGCCAGGGACAGAAUGUAGAUGGUACUGCUACUGCUCCUGCUACGGCUACUGCUACUGGCGCUACCAUUGCACCCAAGGCGAACAAGAGGAAGCUUGCCGAUGCGAAUGAUGAUAUCGCGGCGGAUGCGAAUGGCGCUAGCAACGGCGACGAAGCGAAUAAGAAACAGAAGGCUGCGCAGAAGGCUAGCACCAAGCCUCCGAAUGUUCCUAUUGACGAGGGGUGCACGAUGCCUGGGGCGGUCUUUAUUGAGGACUCUGGGCUGAUCUGGGAUGCAACGCUGAACCAGACAAAUUCUGCGCAUAACAACAACAAGUUCUACCGGAUUCAGCUGCUGAUUGAUACCUCCGGGACAACCUACAAGACCUGGACGCGAUGGGGCCGUGUCGGGGAGUUUGGAUCGUCUGCACUGCUGGGUGAUGGGACUCUGCAGAGAGCCAAGUUCGAGUUUGAGAAGAAGUUCAAAGACAAGACGGGUCUGAAGUGGGAAGAUCGGCUGAGCACCCCUAAGUCGAACAAGUACACCUUUAUCGAGCGUAACUAUGAAGAGUCGGACGACGAAGACGACAACGCGGAGAAGAUGGAUGUCGACGAAAAGGAAGAGGUCGAGAGUACCCUGCCUCAGGCGGUGCAGAAGCUUUUGACCUUUAUCUUUAACCAGCAACACUUCCUGUCCACGAUGGCGUCCAUGUCGUACGACGCGCAAAAGCUGCCGUUGGGCAAGCUGAGCAAGCGGACCCUGACGACAGGAUUUCAGAUUCUGAAAGAUCUGUCCGAACUCGUGGCCGAUCCCUCCCUUGCGAGCUCGAGAUACAACACUUCGUUCCAGCAUGCCGCUCUGGAUCUCAGCAAUCGUUACUUUACCACUAUUCCGCACGUAUUUGGUCGCAAUACGCCUCCUAUCCUGACUGCAGAUCAUCAGAUCAAGACCGAGGUUGAUCUGCUGGAAGCACUGACCGACAUGGGUGUUGCCAACGGAAUCAUGAAGAACUCUCGGGACGCCGAGAUGAUGAACCAGCUGGAUCGCCAGUACCAGGGUCUGGGAAUGCAGGAGAUGACUCCACUGAACCGUUCCUCAGCCGAAUUCCGUGAACUCGAAGCAUACCUGAAUAAUUCUCGCGGCUCGACGCACCAUCUUCGCUACAGCGUCAUCAACAUCUUCCGCAUUGAGCGCAAGGGGGAAGAGGAUCGGUUCAAGGCUUCUUGUUAUUCGACUCUAAAGAACAGCAACCGCCGUCUACUGUGGCACGGAUCCCGCAGUACCAACUACGGUGGUAUCCUAAGCCAGGGUCUUCGUAUUGCACCACCCGAAGCCCCCAUGUCAGGAUACAUGUUCGGCAAGGGCGUCUACUUCGCCGAUAUGUCAAGCAAAUCCGCAAACUACUGUGUGCCCUACAACAGCGCCAACAUGGGUCUGCUGCUCCUCUGCGAUGUCGAGCUUGGAAACCCCAUGUUCGAGCAGUUUCAGGCCAACUUCAACGCAGGAACGGAUGCCAAAGCCCAGGGAAAGAUCGCGACGCUCGGAAAAGGGCGGACUAUCCCGGCGGGUUGGAAGGAUGCAGGCUGUCUUCAUCCAGCAUUGUCAGGGGUGCAGAUGCCGGAUGUGUCCAAGUCCACAAUGUGUGGCAAUGGCAGUCUGCAGUAUAAUGAGUACAUUGUGUACGAUGUUGCGCAGAUUCGGCAGAGGUACCUUUUCCAUGUGCAUAUGAGCUGA